AUGCAUAAAAAGGAAAUAAAAAUUAUAAAAAACGAAUUUAAAGAAUUUUAUACCAAAUUCAUACACAUUGAUAAUGAUAUGUUUUGCAUAAAUAUAAAUGCAAAUGAAGAUAUCAAAUCAGGAUUUUUAAAUAUUAAUGAAAAUAAAGAUAAUAUAUUAAUUCUUAUUAUUAAGAUACAUUCCAAUUGUUUUGAAGUAAUAAAUAAAAAUUUAGGAGAACAAACAAAAUAUUUUGAAAGCAUUGAACAUAUAUUUAAUUUUUUUUGCCCAAUUUCAUUUAAAAAUUUUAUUACUAAAAAUAUAGAAAACAAAUUAAUGUCAUAUUCUUGA